AGGGAGGUGCGGUGCCUAGAUUCAGGGAAUAAUACCACCCCCAACAACUCUUUCGCUCUCUAAACUUCUCUCUUGCUCUCUCUAAACCUCUCUCUCAAGCGUCGGCUGUGCUUUCUUUUCACUCUUGUCUGGUUUUGCUGGAGCCAUAUUUAGGUUUACCGACACAACACACUAGCGGAAACCCUCCGAGUUACUGUACCAUCUGUAACUCUCUCUUUGCUAUUGAGAUCUGGUUUCUUCGUAGGCGAAGUUCAGCGGAAGACAGAGAGAGAAAGGCGAAGAAAAGAGGGUCUUGGGUAUUUUGGUGCAAGUUGGGGGAAGGUGGGUAGAGUGAGAGAGGGGCAGCGUAUGUUGAGUUGCAGCGGAAGGAUCCCACGAUGCAGGGCUUGAGGCUGAGGUGGCCGAACAGGCCAUGGCUCUCUGGUUUUCUAUGAGGGAUCUUGUGUUGUUUCUUCUUUGUAUUGUGAAGGGCUGGGCUAGAGUGAGGAGAGAUUCUGGGCUUGUGAUCAGAAGCAGAGGUCGAUGGGGCAAAUGCGGUUGAUUCGGAGGAUCUCCAUUUGAGAGAGAGAUCCUCGCUGCUUUUAUAUCGAUUUUUUGGAUAUUUGGGGCUUCUUUGGUUGGUUUGGUCUCUGCAACUUCAUUACAAUGCAGCAAGAUCAGCGCAAGAAAAAUUCAGCUGAAGUGGAUUUCUUUUCAGAAUAUGGAGAUGCAAACAGAUAUAGGAUUCAGGCGGUCAUUGGGAAAGGGAGCUAUGGCGUUGUUUGCUCUGCGAUCGAUACUCACACAGGAGAGAAAGUGGCCAUUAAGAAGAUACAUGAUAUAUUUGAGCACAUCUCUGAUGCAACACGCAUUCUUCGUGAAAUCAAGCUGCUCAGGCUUCUGCGCCAUCCCGACAUUGUUGAAAUAAAGCACAUUAUGUUGCCACCCUCAAGAAGGGACUUCAAAGAUAUAUAUGUGGUGUUUGAGCUGAUGGAAUCGGAUCUCCACCAAGUCAUCAAGGCAAAUGAUGACCUGACGAGGGAACACUAUCAAUUCUUCCUGUACCAGCUCCUGCGUGCUUUGAAGUACAUGCAUACAGCAAACGUGUAUCAUCGAGAUUUAAAGCCGAAGAAUAUAUUGGCAAAUGCAGAUUGCAAACUUAAAAUUUGUGACUUUGGGUUAGCAAGGGUGGCAUUCAACGAUACUCCCACGACAAUCUUCUGGACUGAUUAUGUUGCAACUAGGUGGUACAGAGCUCCAGAGUUAUGUGGAUCUUUUUUCUCCAAGGUAAGAACAUUUUUUUUUUAAUAAUUCCAUUUAAAAUUAUUGGGAAAAUAAGAGCCAUGCAGUCCAGUAAUUAUCUAGUGUUGGCACCUUGUUGGUAUUUUGAAUGGGAAGUUGAUGACUGCUGCCUCUGUUUGAAACUGCAUUUAUCAUUAGGAAUUGAAACAGAUCUGAUUACAAAAUUGACAUGUGCAUGACAGUUUUUGUUUCUUUUAGGGUUUGUAUAAGUGAGUGUGGGGACUGUUCUCUGUUUAGGUGCUUGGUCAGUCACUUAAGAAUGUUAUGGGACAAACAGUUCUGAGUUUAAUGACAUGAUUGAGAGAUGAAUAUGGCUAGCGACAUAUGUAAUUCUGUAUUUAUCGACUUUUUUUAGUUGAUGUUCUAGAAUUAGCACAUUUUGCUAAUGCUUUUAUUUCAUUCUCUUAUGAUGUAGCUCUUGUAUACGUAAUUCGCCGUAAACUGUAUGUUGGAUUCUAAGGGCUUUGUGUUUGUUAGCAAUAGUAAUGUAGUUUUGUGUUUUUCUCCUGAACCAACUGUGCUGGGAGAUAACCUAUCUUGAAGCUAUGUGCCUGGUUCCUAGUAUACUGACAUCAGAAGGAAGUAAAAAAA